CAACUACCCCGUAAGUCUCAAACUACCUCGUAGGCUUGUGGAAGCUCAGAUAUUGCGCCCUUCUCCAGUCGUAGGAUCUCUUACAUCCCAAAACCGCUACGUCUACCGCUACCAUGUCUGGAAAUGCGCCCACAAAGAAGCGUCGUCGAACGGAGUUAGCAUGCACUACCUGCAGGCAGAAGAAGCACGGUUGUGACGGACUCCGGCCGAAAUGUAGCACGUGUCGCCGUAAACAUCUCGAUUGUGUAUAUACGCCCAGCUCGCACACAGAGAGAUUGUCCCAUGAUGCUCGUCUUAGCAGGCCGUCAUUAUAUAUGCCCUGGUCCUCGUCUGGGGAUUUCGACACCCGGCCAACCACUUCUUCCCCAGUUAUCCGAAGAGAAGCAUUUGGUCAGGGUCGAAACUCUUCCAAUAAUGGGGAAGCGUUAUCGUUGCAAGACGUAUCCAGGGGGUCCUCAUCGGCGGGGCCUUCUGCACAAAAUCUGCAUGCGAGGCCGCACGAACAAACGGUGAACGUCGAAGAUGAUGAUGGCUUGGUAGACGUCCUCGCGACCACCACCUUCAAUGACUCCUCUGACGCGGAUAUGGGAUAUUUCGGCCUAUCGUCGAACCAUGCUUUGUUUGGCUCCCUUUCAGACGUCUUUAUCAAGGCCUCACGGCUAUUCGGUGCUGAAGGAACCAAUAUCCAAGGUCCACCAUUGACCCUGCCUGAGCAACAGAGGGGCGAUGAUGCUCCUCCAACACACGCUGACAUGGCAAAGGCAAGCGGCCAAGAGCAUAAUCCCCAGAACAAUAACCGCUCGUACAAUCUGCCUCGGUAUCAGGAUGCAGUCCUUUUGAUAAACCAUUACUUUACGACUGUAGGGUUCGUGCUGCCAUAUGUCGAUAGGGCUACUUUGGUAUCUCAAUAUCUCAAAAUCACGAGCCAAAAUCCCCCCAACUUCCGCCGAGGAUUUUUCGCACUGAUUUCGAUCAUUUGUGCACUUUCACUCAGUUCUCUAGGGGAUGAUCAUGCGGAAAUUUAUUACCAGCGGGCGAUGGCCGUUCUAAGUCCGCGUUGUUUGAGAGGAUCAAGCCUCGAGACUGUGCAAGCGCUACUACUGAUUGUGGCCUACCAGCAAAAUAGCCAACGCUCGGUAAGCAGUUGGACUACCCAUGCCUUGGCUGUCAAGGCUGCUCUGCAGCAUGGGUUACACUCCCCCAGUGUAAGACAACGCCAGAGUAAAACCAAUGCCGAUCUCAUGCAACGUCUCUGGACCGGUAUAGUUUUCGAUGAUGGAAUUAUAGGAGCAGGCUUGGGAAGACCCGGCCUCGUGCAUCCUCACUUACUCCAAUCUUAUCAGAACGAUGGUCUACAACAACCUCUACAAUUUUCGGCAGGCCUCAUCUCUGUCGAGUCAAUGGGUGGACAGGCUUAUCUCUCUACACUAGGGUCCUCCUCAGGUAUCCUAGCUUCAAUCGUUGGGUUCAUGUACAACCAUAACGUCGAAACAUCCGAGCAGCGCUCCCUGUCAGACUUGAUACGAGGUUAUAACGAGCUUUUUCGGCGAUUACAAGACUGGCGUGAAACGGUCUCACACUUUGGCGGCCUUGUAUCCAUCACCGAACUCGGCGGCCUCAACGGCUGUUACGAGGCGCUGAGGUUACGGAUUCUUUUGUCCAUCCACUACCAUCGGCUACUUUUGAUGACAAGCUGGCCGAUAAUCAUUGCUUUUGCAAAUGUGCUCGUGGAAGGUGUUGCCGAAUCACACUCUGGCCAGUCUCUGUCGUGGGACGAGUACACACCGGUGGCCAAUACCAACUGGUUCGCCGUCAGAGAGCUUUGUGCAAUAACAAAUGCAAUCACUACAUCCGCAGAGCCUUUCCUGCAUUCAAAUGCCGCAUGGUAUACCUGCAAUUAUACAUCACUGACCGUGUGCCUCCAUCUGUUCGUUCUACUGUUGACGUCGAGGCUUGACAAGGAAAAUCAACUCGGCCUCUCAGCAGAAGAGAUCCGGGAUACAUUGGAAUCUAGCCUGAAUAACAUGAAAGUCCUGGAACGAACGAGCUUAAUGACAUACAAGGCUCGCAAGUGCUUGGUAAAGCUGCUAGAAGCAUUUGACAUUCUAGCUCAGCAGCAGAUUGUCCCACUGUUCGGAGCAGUGAACGGAGAUGUGGAUCUCUCGGAAUUUAUCCGAAAGUCUGCGGAUGAAUUCCUUUUGCAAGCCGGUCUUGAUGACUUUCUCAACACCGAUUUUGGGUCCUAUGGUGACAAUGCCUGGCUCUGAUGGUGCACAAGUGCAAGCAGCCACGUUAUUGGAAGGGUCAUCGUGUUGGGAACUCCCGCUUGAGAAGUGUCCGAUGGGGAAGUCAGUCUGUCACAACAUUUCUCUCGAUAUCACAUUGGUUUUGAGAUGGAAGAUACAGAUAGUCAUUCGCGAGGUAUGAGAAUGUCAGAAGCGUGUGCGUCCCAAGGCCAUCAGUGGCGACUCCCCAUCUCUUAAUUUCCAUGAAGACCACAUUGGCUUCCCGAGAAAUGACG